AUGGGAGGGACAUCCACCAAAAUAGCGUUUGAAGUGUGUGUGGUAACAGGAGACUACAGUGGCGAUGAAUUGGGUCCCGGAGUUAACAUGGUCAUGUUCGAUCACUGCGGUAAUCAGUCACCAACAAUUACUUUGGAUAAUAUAUUUCAAAAUGAUAUUGACUAUACACAAGCAAAAUUCACCAUUGAUUUACAGGCCUGGAGUCGACUUAAAGUAUUUAAACGACUGCACCAUAUCGAAUUUUGGUGUACUACUCAGUCUUAUCCACCACCUGCUUGGUUUUUAGAUAGAGUAAUUAUUAGGGAUAGAAGAUUUGGGAUGACUGCUGAGUGGAAAUAUUUUUUUUUUCCUGUACAUCAAUGGAUUAGCCAAGAUCACCAAUAUGUUGUUCAUGACUGUGAGGCCUGGAUUCCUCAAUUGGAACCAUUUCCAGAGUUAAGGGAAGAGGAAGUUAGUAGACGUAUGCAAUUUUUUACUUUAUUCCAACGCUCAAAGGGUUUGCCAGUCGAAUUACAAGAAAUCCCACCUUCGGAAUUGUUCUCAUCAGACUCUCGAUGGGAUAUUGAGCCUUUAAUUCUGGAAGUUAUUGAACGUACUGGUCUGGCUGAAGAAUACACAAGUGAAGAGUCUUGGGAUUCUCUCGACACAUUGGGAAACUUUUAUAAGAAAUAUAAUAUUACUGAACCUGUGAGUUUACAAUUUUGGAUGAUGAAUGAUAUUUGCUUUGGUGCACAACGUAUUCGUGGAUGUAAUCCAUUCACUAUUCAAGUCUGUCGUACAUUACCAAAAAGUUUUGAAAUGGUGGCAAAUUCACUGAAACCUUAUUUAGAAGGUUGGACACUACGUCAAAUGGUGUCAGCUAAUCGUUUGUACUUACUUGAUUUUCAUAUAAUGCAAGGACUUAGUUGUAAACGUGGUCGAGAAUUGUGUGCACCAUUAGCUAUCUUUUUUUAUACUGAAAAGAGACAAUUAAAGCCAAUUGCAAUUCAAUUAAAUCGUAAUUCGAAUGAUGCAAGUGGGAUCAUUCUUCCAACUGAUCCAACUUCAAUAUGGUUACAAGCAAAAUUAUGGGUUAAUCUUGCUGAUGCCUGUCAUCAUAUGAUUGUUGGUCGAUUGUUAACUCAUUUAAUAUUGGAAUCAAUCUAUGUGUCAUUACGACGUAAUGUAUCACAAUCACAUCCAAUAUAUCAUUUAGUUGCACCACAUUUCCGCAGUAUCCUACCCGUAACAAAGAAGUUAAAAGAAUGGACAUUUGAAAAUGGAUGGAUAUCUCGUAAUAUUCAAUUGUCACGUAAAGGAAUUAAACAGUUAUUAAGACGAGCUUUUAAAAAAUGGCGUUUUGAUGUAAAUGCAAAUAUUUAUCGUGAACUAGAGUCCAGAGGAGUAUUUGAUCCAAAUAGUUUAGGUAAUUAUCCAUAUCGUGAAGAUGCUAUACUUAUAUAUCAUGCAUUGGAACAGUUUAUCUCAAGCUACGUGCGUCUAUUUUACCCUGGUGGAACUGAACAAAUCAUACAUGAUAACGAACUACAGUCUUGGAGACAUGAAAUUGCUAGUCCAAUGGAAGAAGGUGGUUUAGGCCUAGUCGGUGUUCCUGGUAGUACGAUAAAACUUCGUACGAAUUCUGGACUAGAAGGUUAUCCACAAGAUAAUGUUACAGAAGAAAUAUUUGGUUUAAAUACGGUUGAAGAAGUGGCUAAAUUUCUAAUGGGAAUUCUUUAUCUUAGUAUUAUUGUUACUGGUUCAGCGCUUCGAUUGCCAAUGUUUGAUGAGUAUGGCUUUCCAGCACAAUAUCCGUUAAGUCUAUUUGGUUCUCCUCCAUUAGAUAGAAAUACAUUUUCCGAUGGUACUUUGAAUGGUGCACAUGACAGUGUGUUUAGCUUUUCAAAUGUACAAGGUCUUGAUCGUGUAUUGGCUUCACUGCCCAAUCGUCAAAUGACAGUAGAAACUGUUCUCUACACUAGAUUGGCUAGUCGAGUUCAACAAUCUGUUUUAGGUCAAUUUGAAUCGGAUUUCAUAUUUAAAAAGAAAGCAGUUGUUCUAUUAGAUCAAUUUCGCCAUGAGUUGGAAGAUGUGGCUAGACAGAUCGAUAUAAAUAACAGUGCUCGUGAUAUGCAUCAUCAAUAUCGAGCUUUAGAUCCUUCACUAAUGCCUAAUUAUCCAGGAAUUUGAUUGAUAAUCAACUGUACCUAUAUAGUGUUCUUUAAAUAUGUGUACAAAAUAACUGAAACAUUUUUGUCGAAUGUUAAAUAAAUAAGUGCAAAUGAAAUACAUAUCCUUGAUCCCCU